GGUUUAUUAUUACUAUUAGCAGGGGUUUAAGCUUUCACUGCUCCACCGUCUCCGGUGGCUACGGGGGACCGCAGAUUUGGUGGCACGGCCGGGAGAAAUCCGACCAAAUCUCGCCAUGGAGGUCGACAUGGAUUCCUCGCCUAGCUACUUCGACCCCGAAGAUCUCACUAUCAGGGAGCAAUACCGCCGAUACGGGAAAAGGCAUCCUACUUCCGACAUUUCGCCACAGCAAGAAUAUUCUUCCUCUAGACAAAGUAGACUACUCUAUGAUGGGACAAGUAUCCACAGCCCAACUAAUGCUGCACUUCUUCUCGAGGAUAUCAAGCAAGAAGCUGGGGGACCCAACACUGAUUACCUCGAGAGAACUCCAUCGAAGAUGCAAUCUUCUUCCAGGAGGAGAUACUCCAUUGCUAGUAGUGGGACUUUGGAGGCAGAGACAGGUUUUGAUUCAGUUCAUCACGCGAGAAUUCAUUCAAUGAAAGCUGUAAAGGAAGAGGACGAAGAUCCAUCGGGAGACAGUGGAGAGACAACCUUUCCUCUCUUUGCUUCGCUUUUUGAUUCUGCCCUUCAUGGUUUGAUGCCUAUUCCAGACCUAAUAAAGCAAUUUGAGACAUCUUGUCGAAAUGUUUCAGAGUCCAUCAGUUAUGGGUCAACUGUGAGGCAUCGGGUUGUCGAGGACAAGCUAAUGAGGCAGAAGGCUCAUCUCUUGCUAGAUGAGGCUGCUACAUGGUCACUCUUGUGGUACCUGUAUGGGAAAGGAAAUGAAGAAAUUCCGAAGUAUUUAUUUCAGUCUCCAACAACAUCGCAUUUAGAAGCCUGUCAAUUUGUUUCAAAUGAUCUUACUGCACAGCUAUGCCUUCGGGUUGUUCAGUGGUUGGAGGGUUUAGCUUCCAAAGCCCUUGAUCUAGAAAGCAAGGUGCGAGGAUCUCAUAUUGGACCUUAUCCUUCAAGUUUUGGAAUCUGGCAUCAUACCCAGAGAUUUCUAAAGAAAGGUGCCACACGUGAUUCUAACACUGUUCAUCACUUGGAUUUCGAUGCUCCGACUCGUGAGCAUGCUCACCAGCUAUCUGAUGACAAAAAACAAGAUGAAUCACUUUUGGAGGAUCUUUGGACUUUAUUAAGGGCUGGGCGACUGGAGGAGGCUAGUGAGCUUUGCCGCUCUGCUGGACAGCCAUGGCGAGCUGCAACACUUUCCCCCUUUGGAGGGUUGGAUCUAUUUCCUUCUGUUGAUGCCCUAAUGAAGAAUGGGAAAGAUCAGACACUUCAAGCUAUUGAACUGGAAAGUGGUGUUGGACACCAAUGGCGAUUGUGGAAAUGGGCUUCCUAUUGUGCAUCAGAGAGGAUUGCUGAGCAAGACAAUGACAAAUACGAAGCAGCUGUGUAUGCAGCCCAAUGUAGCAACUUAAAGCGCAUUCUUCCUGUUUGUACCGAUUGGGAGUCCGCUUGCUGGGCAAUGGCGAAGUCAUGGCUAGAUGUACAGGUUGACAUUGAAGUGGCCCGUUUGCAGCCUGGUGGAAUGAAUCAGUCAAAAUUUUUUGGGGAUGAUAACGAUGGAAGUCCUGGAAUUGAGGGUUCUUCUCAGUCUUCUGUAGGGCCAGAGAGUUGGCCACUCCAAGUUGUGAACCAGCAACCACGUAAUCUAUCUGCCCUCCUUCAAAAACUUCACUCAAGUGAUAUGGUGCAUGAAGCUGUCAUGCGUGGAUGCAAGGAGCAGCAUCGACAGAUUGAGAUGAGACUUAUGGAAGGGAAUAUACCAGCUUUGCUGGACCUAAUUUGGUUGUGGAUUGCACCUUCAGAAGAUGAUGAAAGCAUCUUCAGGCCUCAUGGUGAUCCCCAGUUGAUUAGGUUUGGUGCCCAUCUAGUGUUAGUGCUGCGGCGUUUGUUGGCUGAUAAAGUCGAGGAUCCUUUCAAGGAAAAGAUUAUGGCUGUCGGCGAUCGCAUUCUUCACAUGUAUGCAAUGUUUCUUUUCUCAAAGCAGCAUGAGGAGUUGGUUGGGAUUUAUGCAUCUCAGCUUGCACCGCAUCGAUGCGUUGACCUCUUUGUUCACAUGAUGGAACUUAGACUGAAUAGCAGCGUCCAUGUCAAGCAUAAAAUCUUCCUCUCCGCUGUUCAGUACCUGCCUUUCUCGCCGGAGGAUAAUGAUCCAGAAGAUGAGCCUAAAGGCAGCUUUGAAGAAAUUAUUGAGAGGGUCCUAUCAAGAUCUCGGGAAACAAAACUUGGAAAAUAUGAUGAUGCAUCAGAUAUUGCUGAGCAGCAUCGGUUACAGAGUCUCCAGAAGGCCAUGGCCAUUCAGUGGCUCUGCUUCACACCUCCCUCCACUAUUGCUGAAGUGGAAGCCGUCUGUUCUAAACUUCUACUUCGCGCUCUGAUGCAUAGCAACAUACGAUUUCGGGAAUUUGCUCUUAUUUCUAUGUGGAGGGUUCCUGCAAUGCCCAUAGGUGCUCACAAAUUGCUUAGCUUUCUUGCUGAACCUUUGAAGCAAUUAGUCGAGAAUCUUAAUAUUGUUGAGGAUGAUGAAGUGUCUGAGAACCUGAGAGAAUUUCAAGACUGGAAUGAGUACUACUCCUGGGAUGCCACAUACCGGAACUGGCUUAAAAUUGAACUGGACAUUGCUGAGGUUUCUUCCCAUGAGCUCUCUCUGGAGGAAAAAGGAAGAGCCACUGCAGCAGCCAAAGAAGCUCUUGACUCAUCCAUGCGACUGCUUCUAAGGAGAGAGUCUCCUUGGUUGGCCUCUGCUGGAGACCAUGUUUAUGAGGCUAUAGAACCACUGUUUCUCGAGUUGCAUGCAUCUGCGAUACUUUGCCUGCCAUCUGGCGAAUGUCUGUGUCCUGAUGCUACAGUUUGUGCUACAUUGAUGAGUGCUCUGUACUCUUCAGUCAGCGAGGAAGUUGUGUUAAACCGCCAAUUGCUGGUAAAUGUUUCGAUCUCAACAAAGGAUAACUACUGCAUCAAUUUAGCACUCAGAUGCUUGGCCGUUGAUGGGGAUGGUCUAGGGGUCCACAGGCGAAAUGAUGGCGGCGUACUUGCUACUGUCAUGGCAGCCGCCUUCAAAGGUGAACUUGCCCGGUUUCAGACAGGAGUAACAAUGGAAAUAUCUCGAAUAGAUGCUUGGUAUUCAAGCAAAGAUGGCACCAUGGAGGGCCCAGCAUCAUACAUCAUUCGGGGCCUAUGUCGUAGAUGUUGUAUUCCCGAACUCAUUCUGCGGCACAUGCAGGUCUCUGUUUCACUUGUGGAGUCUGGAGCGCCACCAGAAAACCACGACGAGUUUAUUGAACUAGUUGCCUCAUCUGAGGCCGGGUUUCUUCAUUUGUUUAGUCAGCACCAGUUGCAGGAAUUCUUGCUCUUUGAGAGGGAAUAUGCCAUAUGCAGCAUGGAGCUGCAGGAGAGUGGACAGUCGAGUAUCCCUGCAGAAGUCGGGCCUAUGACUUGAUUCUUCCAUCUCAAGUAAUGGAUGGAAGCAAGUUCUUGUUCCAGAGAAGGAUGAUUUUUCACACUCUGGAUAAAUUUACGUUCUGUUUAUAGUUGCGUUCAGUUUUCUGCAUCUACUUCAGUGACUCGGUUACAAUUUGAAGCGGGCAGAUUCGGUUGGUUGUUAAGUUACUGUUAGCGGAAUCGAGCAAUCCCAUGUUAAAGCUAAUUGGUGUAUUUAUAGCAAGGAAGAGCGUUGUAGAAUUCAGGAAAUCGGAGUAGACUCGAGUUCCAUCUUGUAUACUGCUAUUGCCUCCAUCUUGGGUGGGUCAGUAAUGUAAUUACGUAUGGAUAUUUAGGACCAUUUUGUGACCCUCCGGAGGCCCUCAGAAAAGUUGUCCUUUCGAGUAGAAUAUCAUUUUGAUC